GGAGGAGAGCACCGGUACCAAUAUGGCGGCCGCGGAAGGGGGCUCCAGUACAGCGGCGGCAGCCGCUUCUUCUAAUCGUCGUCAGUCAAUAUUUGACGGGCUCUCGGAUCAAAUCGAAGCUUCGAUCCUCCGCUACCAGGCGGCAGCCUCGAACACGACGACGACGACGCACUCCCCGCGUAGACGACGACGUCGACGACGCACUCCCCGCGGAAGCGCACCUGUGUCAAGCGCGCGCCGCGUGCGUGUCUCGCUCACAGACUCACUCGUGAGAAGCAGCCCAGCAGCGAGCACGAAAAGCAGCUCGGCGAGCGAGUCGGAAGACGUCGUGGAACCGCCAGUUCCACCGGGAACACACCGGAGAGCCGCUCCCCUUCGACGACCGCUUCCUCUUCUUCUCGUAGCCGACGCGAUGAAAGAGACGCUGGUGAAGCAGGAGAUCAAGAUGGAAUGGGAGGGUCAUCACGCGGACGAUAGCUCCCCGCAGGUUCCCGGCACGGAGGAUCAAGCAAGCGGAAGCCCGCAGAGCGUCAUUACGACCAGAAGACACGUGAGAACGAUUACCACUGCUGGUCACAUUACCGAGGGAAUUGCCGAGGUCGAUCCAGAGUCGCCCGACUCCAACUCGGUCGCCGGAAGCCUUCACCAGGGUCUCCAUCAGCAGAGAAACGAGCAACAACGUAAUUAUCAAGAAGAGCAGCAACAGGCUCACCAGACGCAGCAGCACUAUGUGCAGAUCCCUCACGCAACUACUGAGGACCAGCAACAUUCGACGGAUCAGCAACGCGUCGUUUAUGCCAAUACGGGACAGGAAGUUAGGGUCGAAGUCUCAGAAAGCUCCGACGCCACCAUCACCCUCACGGUCAAGGAACCGCCCAGAUACGAGACACCCGCACCGGAUCGAAGCGAGGUGGACCGGAUCUACGCGUAUUCCGACGGCCACGAGGUUCGCAGGGAGAACCACGUGAUCACCGUGCAGGUGCCCGAUCAUCGGCGACCCCAGCAAGCGGGACAUCACAGAUUCAGCCCGCACGAGAACCACCAGGCAUCCGGAACGAACGCGGGUGCCCGAUACCAGGCAUCACCAGUGCUCACCGCCACGGAGGAGUACGACACGUCGACGAUUGUCACGCAGUCGGCAUCCGCGGUCCAUCUCGGAUCACCCGUGCCACCGUAUUCGCCCCCGAUGGACAGCAUCCGUGCCGCUCAUCAGCAGCAACAGCUCGUGGCGACCAGCUACACCGACGCCAGCGGCGUCGUCAAGUACGACGCGGAGGCCGCAGCAGCCGCGGAGACCAUCGUCAAACCGCCCAACACGUACACCACCCUGGAGACGGUCGCCAUUCCGCCGGCCCAGACUGUGCAAUACACUCAAUACUUACCGGGCAGCGAGAGCUUCCAGCAGGCAUCGACGUACAGCUACGCCAAGCCGGGGGAUCCUGUGAUCCUGGCGUAUUCGCCGGCGACGCAGAUCGGAUCGAGGGCCACCGAGGUCGAAUCCCCCGGCAGCACGUACAUGAAGGGCGACCCCACGCUCGCGUCAUCUCUGGCUACCCGCGCGGUUCCGCUGCACUAUGAGCAGCCGGGUUCGCCAGGUUCCCAGGUGACUCUAUACAGCGCGGGAACGACGUCGUAUCAAUACGUGAAACCACCCUCGAGCGACCCUUACUGGCCAGCCGGCAGCACUCCCUCGCCUCCGACCUUGGAAUACGUUCAGGGGUACCCAGGUAUCACCGCGAUCUCGGUUGGCGACGCCACCAACAUGCAGUUGUACUCCGGUGGUGGAUAUAGCGUGUCCCCGAGUGGAAACGGGCCACCCUCGUCCGCUUGGGCCACGCUACCGCUUCCCGGGACCGACGAGGCCUUCGACGGCGCCAUAAUGGCGACGGAGCCCAAAGAGUGCGUCAACUGCGCGGCUAGUAUGACGCCGCUCUGGCGACGGGAUGGCACUGGACAUUAUCUCUGCAAUGCCUGCGGACUAUACAGCAAGAUUAACGGCGUGAACAGGCCCCCCAUGAAGUACCCCAAGCCUAAGCAGUUGGUCACGCCGACCAACGUGCGGAGGACGGGGGUGCAGUGCGCAAACUGCAGGACAAGCAACACCACCCUGUGGAGACGGAACAACAAUGGCGAACCAGUGUGCAACGCGUGCGGCCUUUACUUCAAGCUACAUAACGUGAACAGGCCGUUGAGCAUGAAGAAGGAGGGGAUUCAGACGCGAAAGAGGAAACCAAAGAAUCACUCGAGCAUAACCGGAAACCUACCCGGGCCCAGCGGCCUCCACAAGACCGAGAUCAAGUCCAGCCUACUCGUGGACUCGUUGCAGUUGAACAUGUACGCAAGCGGGGGUGGGGGUGUUGAAGGGGUCGAAGAGCAUUGUCUUCCUGUAGGUACACCGACUGGGGCGCAAUUAGGGCAUGCACACUCGCCCCUUGCAUUACCUACCGCCGCCGUGUUGAAUCGUCAAACCACCCUUACCGUGCCACCCCUAGAACCAAUUACUAGUCAGUCCAGCAGUGACCUUGCCUCGGUUAUAACGUCAACUACCGUCGCCCAUACCGAGAGAUCGUAGAGAUCGUUCUGCUUAUCGGUAGCGGCAGUAGAAGUACUUACCGAUCGUAGCUGUAGCGGGACGGCUUUUGUUACCGUCGCCGGAAUGCGUUGCCUACCGACAGGGACGUGAUCGUGUCGAUCACGUAUCGGAAUUAUUCUGUACAAAGAAGAAAUAGCGUAUACAUUUUAAACAUGAUGAGGAAUGUAUUCGCUCGUCGCUGAAUAUAGCGCGAAACUAUUUGAACUUUUAAUUAACCUUUUAAUUAAUGGAAAACGAAAUUUUUAGCUAAAUGCACAGUAUCGAAAAUACGAAUUGAAGAAAUCGUUUUAUCAUCGGUCUCCGAUCAUCGCAGUGAUUCUUUCUCGAUCUACAUUUCAAUUUUUUAAGUGUAAAAAAAAUUAACCAGUGCGUGACUCGUUUCUUUUACGCUUUGCGCUUUGCGUAUUAUUUUACUCGAAAGUUUUGCAAGAUCAUGAAAGCACUCGUCAAUCGGUACAUGUCGAUGAUCUUUUGCUGGCAUGAUUUCUUCUUCUCAACUACAUUACUACAUUACCGAUGUGGACUACCGUGUCGAAGAAAAUGAUGCCUGAACUAAUGCGCUCUCUGUGAGGAAAAAUGGGAGACGCAAUUAUUGCAUGAAGAAAAAUUUAAACAAUAGUGCACUUUGAUAAAAUUUUAGAGUCUACUUAAUCAAAGUUUAUCGAUUCAAAAUCUAAUCGAUUUUCUUCUCUUCUUUCAAAAAGACUUGCUUUACAUGGCAAGAUAAAGAUUUACUAAUUUUCAAAUUGUCAAAUUGUCACGCAUGAAACGUCUAUUUAACCUACUUUUUAACAAUUAUUUUUUUACAUCUAUUUUUCGCCACGCCUUGACCCGUGCGAUUUGUACUUAAUACGCGACAUGUGCGAGUACUCUCUGGCCUGUUUGCACAAUUCUGUAAAUAAGCGCACCUAUACCGCGUAAUCCAAAGAUAUGUGUAUAUCUAGAUAUGUGUAAGUGUAUUUUAAUUCUUUCUCCAAAGAGUAAUAUAUAUUAUAUACGUAAACAUAUAUACGUCUGGAUGUAUUCUGCAAAGUGGCUUUUACAUUUUGCAAAAGUCCAGAUUUCUGUAUCAAUGAUGCCGACACUGUGCGUAAUCGUGAUCAUACAGAUCAUGCGAUCGUGCACUUUCCGUCGCAUCGAUCUAUGAGAUAAUCGUAAUUGUAAAUUAUAAAUCCGCGUACAGGUUUAUAAAAAUAGUGAGCCGUGAUUUAAAAAUCUGUCUCUGCUUAGUCGUAGGACUGUAAUUCUGUGUAAGUUUCACGAAUCACGUUAAUCGUAAAUUAUAAAUGUCUAUGUAACGGUAAACUCUUAGUUAGCUUUUUAACAGCCAUUCUUCUCAACUUUACUUUUUCUACAACUCUUUUUCUCAAACGCCAGUGAUACCUCCACAAACUAAGAAAAUACUAUUCUUCUUCACUUGAUACCUCUGAUAAGAAUGCAACAAAGUUCGAUACGUCUUUCAUAUUCCGGUUCUUCCUUCUUCAGUUACAAAAAAAUUACAUGGCACAAGUAGGGGGGUAGGAAGGUGUAAUGCGUGAAAAGGACAUCAUCAUAUACUGUUAACACCCUUAGGACUAAGAAGGAAAAUCAAUCACAUGAUAAUUCGCAAAUUCACCCCUUGGUAAUCGUAGAUACCUAAAUGUCUGGCUGACUUUCCUCUUCUCCUUCUUUUUCUUCUUUUUUUCUUUUCUUUUACAUCGCGGAUGGUUGGACGUUAGUGCUGCGUAUUUAUUGGAAUCUGCAACAUCGUAAAAAUUGCGUUCAUGCGAUGCGAUAAAUCCGGAGUGAGCUUGCUCCUGCGAGAGCAAAAUCUCGCCAUCUGGCCCCCGAGGUUCGUCAUACCUGUCUGCGAAGAUAACGCACGUUUAUAAUCUACCUGGUGGUGUGUAAUUUGAUUGGCGCGUGUAGUGUAAAUUAUUUAAUUAACAUCAAUCGCACAUCCGCACCGCGACUUAAGCAUCCGGCGUCUUAUCGUCGCACCAGAAGCGCGCGGUCGCCAUACCAUUAGUCCCAUAAAUUCAUAACUUGUACGUCGUACAAUGAACAAGCAUGAGAAACAAUAAAACGAUAUGAUGUAUA